AUGGAUCCAGCAUUGACAGAAACGUGGCAGGCAGGCUGGUCUGAAACGGAGCCAGUCUGUGUUGCAGAGCAGGAGAUUGAUAGUCGAGAUGGGGAGCAGAAGAGAGUCUCGCUAAUGAACUCGAUGUAUGACUGGGUAGAACAACGAUGUGUUGGCUACAGUAGAAGUCGAGCGGAUAGCAAAGCAGAGCUUGAUGAGGGUGACGCGAGUGGAGAGAAACUAGUCAGGUGUGUGGACACUGGUGGUAACAGUGGGAAGUAUGAAGUCUGCCGGACUGGAAGUAGGCAGGUGGGCGAAAGGAAGAAGGGAGAAGAGGGUGAAAAAGAAAGGGAGUCGACGGUUCAAAGCAAACAGGAGGAGAAUAGAAACACACACCUGGGCUGCGAGGUAAAUAGAAGAGUGCACCAGCUUACAAUUGGAUUGCAAUACGUCUCAUGGGAACUGUACAGUACGUUUUGCACUGUCUCUACCCGACAAGAUGCUCAGCGUCUUCCGCGCUAUCAUCGGAAUCGAUGCUUGGUAAUCUUAACACCCUUGUCAACAAUGGCCUGA